GUCCACUUUCUAUAAAAUGUGUGGAUCUGUAAAAAUAUCUUAUCUUAGGCCCUGUUUGUCUUGUUUUUCCUAAGCAUUAUAGCAAGAAUUUUUUCAGGGAUUGCAAUCAUUUUAUUUGUUCUAACCAUGAUAAGGCAACCCUAGUUUCUUUUUGCAAAGUAUUUACAAGAUCGCGCAUGUUUUUAGAAAAAUAAGCAAGUGUUUUUUCGUCUGCAUAAUUAUAGAGCGUUGCUUGUUUUAUGAAUAGAAAAGAAUCAUUUAUGUUAAAGUUGAACAGGAUUGAUCCUAGCAUAAAGUCCUGGGGUACACCAGACAUAACCUCUUGAAAAGAGCUAUAUAAAUUGUUUAUCCGAACACAUUGUUUUCUUCUUUUGAGAUUGUUUACUUCACAUGAGAGGUGAGAUCUCACUGAGGCAGGAUCUCACGUAGAAUCUUCGUGCACCCGCAAGAAUCUGCAUGAUUGGAAUACCUCUUGUAAAAAUGUAGCUAAAUAUAAGUAGACUGGACCUAGUCUAAUUUUCAGUUGUUAGCUGUUCCUGAUAUUUUUCACAAAGAAAUAUAUUUUCCGAGUGCCUAACUGGAACCUUCAUUUUUUAGGUUUUUUUAGGUUACACAAACUUUGGCUUCAAUUUCCUCAUCCUUUCUUCGUUACAAUAAAAUAUUGUUUUCUAUUUGUUAAUAAAGCCGACUUUUCUUUAUUGAUUUGCGAGAUUUAAAAAGUGGGAACAAAUCAGGAAGUUUUUUAACGAGACCAAUGUUGAUUGGCCGGAGAUGGCCCUCUUGGUUCACCUGCUGCUCACUACGAGUAUUUUGAUUGGCUUUUAGAGAUUCACAGGGUCAAAGUCAUUCGAUUUCCGAACGGAUAAAGAAACAAAGGGCGUCUAGCAAAAACACUUUGAGAAAACACUCACUAUAUGAGACAUAUUUUCACUUAUUUUGGUCAAUCGGUUGUUCAAUAUUCUAAUACUGGAAACUGUUUGGAAUUUGGAUCCAAAUGGAAUAUAAAGAACACAUUUUGACAGCUAACAUGAUGUCGCUGGUUAUUUGCUUGGUGCUUGGCUGUGUUUCUGCAAAAGUGGACAAGUUGGACGAAGAUGAGCGGAUACUUGCAGCCAUAAAGAAAGACGAUGCGUUUCAAGAAGACGAAGCAAAGGCGAAUGACCCGGUUGAAUCCUUUGAAGAAGAUCUCAUGUUGGCAGAAGCUGAUGACCGCCAUUUUGAUUUUAGCGAAAUCGCAGAGGAGUAUGCAGCUCAAUUUUUCUCAGGAAGGAAAAUACCAAAAACUACAUUCAAAUGGAUGUUACGAGAAGCCAAUAAAUUUGUCACGAGGGUUGGUAAGAAAGAGAAGAAUAAGCUUCAGGAAAUUGGGGAACACAUGGCUAAAGCAGAAAAACAAGUCAUCCAACAUUUCAAAAGAAGAACAGUGUGCUACCCACCGUUUGGAUGCUUCACCAACAGGAGUCCAUGGAAUAUGGUUUGGAAUUUUCUUCCAGAGCCACCAUGUAGAACGGGAACGAAGUUUAUUUUAUACACAAGGGAAAACGAAAUAGGAAGAGUCAUGCACAUGUUCGAUGUAAAUGCAUCACAUUUAUCAAUAAGCAGAAAGACUAUAUUCCUAAUCCAUGGAUGGAAAGAUACCCAAGCCACUGCAAAGUGGGUAAGACAAAUGAAAGAUGAACUUCUGAAACGUGAUGACUUCAACGUCAUUGGUGUAUACUGGGGUAAAGGCGCUAGAAAGCAGUACUUUCAGGCAGCGGGCAACACCCGGCUAGUUGGGGCACAAAUCGCUUACCUCAUACAGCGUCUUCAUAACGACUUGAGGUUGUGCUAUAGCAAGGUCCAUUUGAUUGGUUUCAGCCUUGGUGCUCAGGUUGCUGGUUUUGCAGGUAAAAGACUCCGCGAGAAAGGACAUGUCAUUUCACGUAUAACAGGUCUCGAUCCAGCUGGACCUGUUUUCGCUCGCGAGCCAAGCAAAGCCAGACUUGAUUCAACUGAUGCUCGAUUUGUUGAUGUUAUUCACACAAGUUUCCUGUAUUUUGUGGGGAUCAAAGACAGAUCGGGAGACAUUGAUUUCUAUGUUAAUGGCGGAGGAGCUCAGCCUGGUUGCGGACUCAAUAAGGUUCCACCAACAUGCAGUCAUUUCCGUGCUGUGGAGCUUUUCAUCAAAAGUAUAAAUCCACCUUGUGAAUAUCGCUCGUACGAAUGCUCAAAUUACACAGCAUUUCGCUUUGGUUACUGCAAAAAUGCAAGAUCCACUGUUAUGGGAUACGAUGUUAGCAAAGGAGCAAGAGGAAAAUACUACCUCCAAACAAGCGAAACUUCACCGUUCUGCUGAUCAACUGAAGAUGGAGAUAUUCGCAAAUUAAAACCACUUUCACUUUUCACUGCAAUGGACACAUUUGAUAUGAUCAGCAGCAUUAGAAUGGAACUACAACUUUUUUAUAUGAAUUGAUGAAUGGAACAAGCUCUUUAUUGCUAAGUUUUAAUUAUUUGAUAAGCGCAUUAACCACUUCCUUAGUCCUUCAAAUUUAGCCUACCUUCAAUUUUGGGUCCCAUUAAUUUUCGCCUCUUUUGUGCACAAGUUCGCUCACUUUAAUUUUCGCCCCCAAACACAUUAAAUUUCAAAGCUUUGACCUAAUCAGUUUCCAAGCAAUGAACGUUCAUGC